AAGAGACCUAUACUGGACACAAUGUUCGCUUCGACGCCACAAAGAAAUGAUGAUGGUUUGCGAGCGUCUUACAAUAUCCCGUUACUUAUAGCAAAAUCCGGAAAGUCGCACACUGUCGGAGAGAAGUUAAUUUUGCCAGCUCUUGAAGAGGUUUUAAAAACUGUCUUACACAAACCUGCAUCUGAUAUCAUUAAAAGAAUUCCCUUAAGCAACAAUACUGUUGAAAGACGUAUUGAUGAAGUGAGUACUGAUAUUGAAAGCUUCUUAUGUAAUUAUUUGCAAACGACCCAUUUCUCUAUACAACUGGAAGAGUCAACUUUACCUGAUAAUGCAGCAUUAUUACUGGCAUAUGUUCGUUUUAUUACGAAUUAA